UUCACAAAUUUGCAUGAGCUUCAAGAAAAACUGGUUUGGGAUUUGAAGCCAAAUGCAAAUGCCGAUGUCGAGGCAAUUAAUCUUGAACAACACGAAUUUCCUCCACUAUUUCUGCUAUUUCUUCCUUCUUUUGCUAAAAAAUUUUCCCCACAAUGUCAAUGCAGCAAAUAUUGAAGUUCUUGUACUGUUUUCAUGGCUCCAUUCUUCUCCUUCACCACCUUCUUCGUUUUCAAAUUGGAACCCACAGGACUCAAAUCCAUGUGAAUGGGCAUUCAUUAAAUGUUCUUCAGAUAAUUUUGUUACAGAAAUUGAUAUUCAAUCCAUUCAGUUUGCUGUUCCUGUUCCUUCUAAUUUUUCCUCUCUUCAUUUUCUUGAAAAACUUGUCAUUUCUGGUGCAAAUCUAACUGGAAGAAUCCCACCUGAAAUUGGAGAAUGUAUUUCUCUUAAAACCCUUGACUUAAGUUCAAAUAAUCUUGUGGGAAGUAUUCCAGGAACCAUUGGGAAGCUUCAAAAACUGGAGGAUUUGAUACUGAACUCUAAUCAACUCACAGGAAAAAUCCCAUUAGAGAUUGGGAAUUGUAUCAGCCUUAGAAAUCUUUUGGUAUUUGAUAAUAAGCUCAGUGGGAAUCUGCCUGUUGAGUUGGGAAAAAUUAUUUCUUUAGAAGUUAUAAGGGCUGGAGGGAAUAAGGACAUUUAUGGGAAAAUCCCUGAUGAAAUUGGGGAUUGUCAGAAUUUGGAAGUUCUGGGCUUGGCUGAUACAAAAAUUUCUGGCUCUAUCCCUGCUUCAUUGGGUAAGUUGAAAAAUCUUCAAGUUUUUUCAGCUUAUACUACAAUGCUUUCAGGGGAAAUUCCACCAGAUUUAGGUAACUGUUCAGAGCUAGUUGAUUUGUAUUUGUAUGAGAAUAAUCUUUCAGGUUCACUUCCAGGAGAGUUGGGGAAGCUUCAAAAACUGCAGAAAAUGUUGCUAUGGCAGAACAAUUUGAUGGGCUCUAUUCCUGAUGAAAUUGGGAAUAUCAAAAGUUUGGUCAUUCUUGAUCUUUCACUGAAUUUUUUUACAGGAAGUAUUCCUUGGUCUUUAGGGAAUCUUUCAAAUCUUGAAGAGUUGAUGCUCAGUAGCAACAAUAUUUCCGGUUCUAUCCCAACUAGCCUUUCCAAUGCCACUAGCUUAAUUCAAUUUCAGUUUGAUGCUAAUCAGAUUUCCGGUUCAAUUCCAUCAGCACUUGGAUUUCUGACACAGAUGGAGGUGUUUUUUGGGUGGGGUAACAAGCUUGAAGGAAGCAUUCCUACGGCAUUGGCAGGGUGUACAAGUCUUCAGGCGUUGGAUUUGUCACACAAUGCUCUUACUGGUAGUUUGCCCCCUACACUUUUUCAGCUUAAAAAUUUAACUAAGCUUCUCUUGAUUUUUAAUGAUAUUUCGGGUUUUAUUCCUCAAGAGUUAGGUGAUUGCAACUCCCUUAUUCGUUUAAGACUUGAAGGCAAUAAAAUCAGUGGACAAAUCCCGAAAGAAAUCGGUUUUUUGAACAACCUCAGUUUUCUUGACCUCUCUAGAAACCAUCUUAGUGGAUCACUCCCUAAUGAAAUUGGCAAUUGCAAAGAACUGCAGAUGCUGAACCUUGCCAACAAUUCGUUUAGUGGCAAUCUGCCAAGUUCUCUAUCUUCUCUUAGUAAGCUCGAGGUAUUGGAUGUUUCCAUGAAUCAAUUCGUUGGUCAAAUUCCAGGGAGUUUUGGUGAACUUUUUGCCCUUAACAGACUCAUUCUUAGCGGCAAUUCCUUAUCUGGGAAAAUCCCAUUGACCUUGGGGCAUUGUUCGAGGCUUCAAUUGCUUGAUUUAAGCAGCAAUGGGCUGUUUGGCAGCAUCCCGGUGGAAAUAUUUGAAAUUGAGGCCUUAGAAAUUGCUUUAAAUUUGAGCUGGAAUAUCUUGACAGGGGUAAUUCCACCUCAGAUAAAUGCUCUCAAUAAGCUUAAUGUAUUAGACCUUUCACACAACAAGCUCGGAGGAGAUUUGAUGGCUCUUUCGGGGCUUGUGAACCUUGUUUCCUUGAAUGUCUCCCAUAAUAAUUUCACAGGCUAUCUCCCGGACAAUAAACUGUUCAGACAGUUAUCAGCAACUGAACUUUCUGGCAAUCAAGGCUUGUGCACUGGAGGGCACGACUCGUGUUUCCUAAGCAAUGUACAAGGUAUGGGAAUGCCACAUGAUAGAAAUAUUACAUUUUCUUGGAGACUCAAACUGGCUAUUGCGUUGCUCGUUGUUUUGACAGUAGCCUUAGCAGUUCUUGGAGUAUUAGCACUUCUUAGAGUUAGAAAAAUGAAUAAAGCAGACAAUGAUUCUGAAUUAGGAGGUGGCGAUUCAAUGUCUUGGAAAUUCACUCCAUUCCAGAAGCUGAAUUUCUCAGUCGAGCAAGUUUUGAAAUGUCUAGUGGAAGCAAAUGUGAUUGGUAAAGGGUGUUCUGGGAUUGUUUACCGAGCAGAACUAGAUAACGCAGAAGUCAUUGCGGUGAAGAAGCUAUGGUCAACUACAAUAGAAGCUGGUUAUAAUUGUCAAAAUGAUAGAUUGGGGAUUAAUGGAGUUCGUGAUUCCUUUUCAACUGAGGUUAAGACACUCGGUUCAAUCCGGCAUAAGAAUAUUGUAAAGUUCUUAGGUUGCUGCUGGAAUCAGAACACAAGGUUGCUCAUGUACGAUUACAUGCCUAAUGGAAGCCUAGGAAGUCUCCUUCACGAACGCAGUGGAGGCUGCUUGGAGUGGGACGUGAGGUACCGGAUUAUAUUAGGUGCAGCUCAAGGUUUGGCUUACCUACAUCAUGAUUGUGUACCUCCCAUUAUUCACAGGGACAUCAAAGCCAACAACAUUUUAAUUGGCUUUGAUUUUGAGCCUUAUAUCGCUGAUUUUGGACUUGCCAAACUUCUUGAUGAUGGAGGCUUUGGUCUGUCCUCCAACACCGUUGCUGGUUCCUACGGUUAUUUUGCUCCAGAGUGUGGAUUCAUGAGGAAAAUAACAGAAAAGAGCGAUGUUUACAGCUAUGGUGUUGUUGUACUCGAAGUUCUAACGGGAAAGCAACCAAUAGAUCCUACCAUACCCGAAGGACUUCACAUUGUAGAUUGGGUGAGGCAGAAAAGGGGUCGAAUAGACAUGUUCGACUCAAGCUUACGAGCUCGGCCAGAACCCGAGAUUGAAGAAAUGAUGCAAACCUUAGGAGUGGCUAUGCUUUGUGUUAACCCAUCCCCCAGUGACCGGCCUACGAUGAAGGAUAUAGCAGCAAUGCUGAAGGAGAUAAGGCAUGAAAGAGAGGAAAAUUUGAAAGCCAAUUCUUCGAAUCUCAAAGGCUCAGUUAGUGAUGGACAAGAAACUAAGAGCUCCAACGGAGGUUCAUCUUCAACAAUGAGCUUGUAUUUGCAAAGCAAUAAUUCAAGCUUUUCUGCAUCUUCAUUACUAAAUUCUGGUUCCUCCAACGGAAAAUUUGGUUUGCAAAAUAAUAGACGCUACUAAUUUGUUGUAAUUUUAACAGAGAUCACUGCUUUUUAUUCCUCUCUAA